AUAUCUGAGAAAAGCAUUCGAUGAUCUCGGUAAUCCGGAUGAUAUGGUCGAUUUAUCCGUUAUCCGUGAUGCAAUUCAGGCGCAGGCCGGUCGACUUUUGUUCAGUGAGAGCGAAUUUGAAGCAGCAUUUGAGCAAGCAACAUCCGAAAAUAUUGCAAUGAUUGCUGAUAAUCGAAUCACAUUGAUAUGAAC